AGCAUUUUAGGGCUUUGAUGCCAAGUGUUGGCGUCGCAUGGCUGCUUUGCCCAUGGCCGAUCUUGGCAUCAUAUUAUCCGCGUGUGCCCUUUGAUACAAGCCUGUAUCCUGUUCAAUCCUACGUUCUGGAUGUCCCCUCUGGGACGCACGGUUCACGCACUGUACGCUUGUGCUACCACAAGGGCGACAUCUCCUUCGACCUCUGCUGCGACGAACGCUUUGGACCGACGGGGAACCCUGAUUGCUGGGACAGCAUCGACACCUUCGAGGAGUGCUGUUCGUCUGCACAGUGGGAGUUGCUCACCACGCCAUGGCCGCGAGAGAAGAUCUUCCACAACGCGCACUUGGCUGUUCAGCUCGACCGAGAUCCUAGGCAUGGACAGGGAAAGGCGGAGAGAGGCAGCUCUAGGAGGAGCAAGGAGGAGUGUUGGAUGCAUUUUGGUUGUUGAAGAUGCGGGUGCAUACUGUGAGUGAAUCACUGGGUAUACACUGAGGUUCUGAAACAUGGUUAUCAUGAUCGUUCAGCUUAGCCAAUUCAACGCUGUUUCUGCUGAGAAGGUGAUGAGAUGUUUAGGUAUUUCCCACUAAGCAGAGAUUUGCUCUCUCUCUCUCUCUACUAUAGUAACAAGGGCAUUCUCCCUCUCUCUCUCUCUCUCUCUUGAAGUGGACAUGCAAAUAGCACUCUGUGAGCAGCGUGAGGUGGUUCUCCUUCCCAUUCCGUGCCUCCUCGCUUUGCCCGGACACCACGGGGCCUUCAUCGCAAGCGCGUACAGCACAGAUGAUGGCGGGCAUGCCAGAGCUGGAGUUUGCUGCAAUAGCUGAGCAGAUCAGGGCAGCCCUCAAGGAAGAGACCGCAAACCUGUGGACCCACGUGCGAGAGGCCUGUAGCCUCUCAGCUUUGGUCGCUUUGACCAUCUUCAGCGCUGCGUUGCAACAGCGGGUCUCCUUAGCCUCACGCGACCACCUGGCCAUGCGAGUGGAAGAGGUGUGGCGCCAGUUCCAGGAGGCCUUGUCGGAGAUUUUUCUGCAGAUGAAGAGCGAGCAUGCCUUGGUAGACAUCACUGGGGUUCCUCUACUGGGAUCGAUGGAGGUGAUCCUGAUCUGGCAGAGUUGGAUGGAUCUCUCCUUCAAAGACCAAGAGCUGACAGAGCUCUCACUGGCAGAGAAAGUCUUCCAGUGCGCACAAGGAGCCUACUACGCCACAGAAGAUCUCUACUACUCCCGUUUGCGGCCCCGGCUGCUGGAAGGCUGUGGGGCUGUGUGUGAUGUCUCUUUGCAGACCGAGGGGCACUCGAGCUUUUGGGUCCCACAGUACUUGGCCGAUGUGGAUUGCGCGGCUCUCUCUGGAAAUCGUGUGAUCAGUCAGCCCUCACGCUUGCGGCCAGCACCCCGUUCAGUGCCGCACAUCUUUCAGGAGGACUUCCGCCGCGGCGGCGUGGUCCUUUGGCCGCGCUACGAGGUGCCAACGGUGCAAUCCAUGGAGCAGCGGUGUCGGCGCUGGAGCAAGGACUCUGUCGAAGACCUGAUGAGGCUUGUCCGUCAAAUGGGUCCUGAACCCCUUCGAUGGCCAGCCUUCGAUGAGUUUGUCGCCUAUGAUUCCGAAGAUCUCAACUCAACAGCGCGCUUCCUGGCCUCCUUAAAGGACGCCAUGCCGCUGCUUGGAGCAGCCCUUGGAGGGCAUUGGCUGGUCUUGGGUUCCUUGACACCUUGGAUCGAAGCCAUGCUUUUGGAGUUCGGUGUCGCUUCCAAAGUCUCCACCUUGGAAUAUGCCAAUCUCUCUGCCUGCCCGGAUCGGCAUCCACACCUUCAGCCACUCCUGCCUGAGGACUUCAACGCCGGAUAUUUGAGUGAAGAGCGAUUCGAUGGCUUCGUGCAGUGGUCUUCAGUAGAACACAGUGGCUUGGGCAUGUAUGGUGAUGAGAUCAACCCUUGGGGUGAUCGGCAGACGGUGGCGCAGCUCUGGUGUCGCGCCAAGACGGGGGUCGCCUGGUUCUUCUUCGGCCCAGGUCCUGAGGGCCCCGGUGGUACUGUCUUUGGGCGUGAGUCGCACAAUGAGAACCGAUCUGGCCGUCACUCCGGAAGCCACUUCGAGGAAAAGCUGUUUUGGAACGCGGGCCGUGACUACGGCCGUGAGAUGAUGGGGCGCUUGAUGCUGAAUUGGAAGCUGGUUAGACCGGCCAACAGCACCUGGAACUUUCAUGUAUUUCAACAUCGUGAAAAGAAGCGCUUAUGCUCGUGCGGAUGGGUAGUUUGA